CGUUCACUCUUCUCGUCUUUGCUCCUCUCGCUCGCGCGCUCCCCGUCGCUUUUCCUUCUCUCUCUCUCUCUCUCUCUCUCUCUCUCUCUCUUUCUCCCGUUUCAUUGCUGGACAGGAGAGUCACAGUGAUCCUCGUGGGCCUCACGCGGGCCUCACGUCCAAGAGGGUGCAGGUGUGUCGCUCGAAAGUCCCCUCGCCCCGCGGCCGCUUACCGCUCUAUGCUAUUCCCGCAAGCAGCAGCCAACCUGGCCCAGCGGAGCUGCGCGCCGCUUGUUGGGCUGUGGGAACGCUUCGGCCCGCGAGCUUCCCACGAUACGCUCCUCCGGCUGGUAGCUGCUGUUACUGCUGCUGCUGCUGCUGCUGCUGCUGGUGCCCCCGCUGCUUGUGUUCGUUCCCCCUCCGGCUCGCUCUCUCCGUCGCUCGCUCGGCCUCGCGCAUCGCAGCCUCUCGCUUCCGUGCAGCCGGUUAUGUGUGCGUGCGCGUGUGUGCGAGCACGUCCCGUCGGGGCCGUUUUCGAGGGGGAUCGCUCGAGCUCACGGCUCUGCACACACGUUGCGGUGUGACUGUGACGAGUAUAGAAACUCUGCUAGAAGUGGGGAGCCGGCCGAGGCGUAUAAAUACGGGUAUAAGGCCCCCUCCAGAACUCGGAUCAGCAACAGAUCAGCUCGGCACUCCGAGGAACGAACAUUUGACUUGAGAGAGCUCGAGGGUAUCUCGCACCUUGUGAAUUGUCUAAAGAUUCAAUCAAAGUGAUACAGACGAGAUUUGUUUUGUUGUUCUUCAACUAUUUUUAUCAAGUUUCAAUACACGCCUGACAUCCGCGUCGUAUUGAAUACUCAACUGCCACGGAAAACAAGUGUUUUGUUUUAUCAGUGCGUGGUUAACCAAGUGAUUCGUUAUCUUCGCAAACGCGCAACGAACGUCCGGAGAUCGUCGACCAAUAUGGCACCACACACUACCUACACGUCGGUCAGCGGAGGCAUGGAGUACGAGGAACCCGUGUCGAGAACCUAUCAAUACAGAAAAGUGAUGAAACCGAUGCUCGAGAGAAAAAGGCGAGCUCGCAUCAACCGUUGUCUCGACGAGCUGAAAGACCUCAUGGUUACCGCUCUUCAGGCCGAAGGGGAAAACGUCGCUAAAUUGGAGAAAGCCGACAUCCUCGAGCUGACCGUACGUCAUCUUCAUACUCUGAGAGCAGCGCGACGGCUCACCCUGACACCGGAGAACAGUUACGCGGACAGAUUUCGCGACGGUUUCACUCAGUGCGCGCAGGAAGUCUCAACCUUUUUAUCGACCCCGGUAGCCUCGGCCGUUCAUCCGGCAGCGGGUGCAUCGCUCAUGCGUCAUCUCGGCGGUUGUCUCCGACGUCUCGAGGGACCAGCCACUCCUCAACAAGUCACCGGUCCGACCAGCCCCCUCGCCGGUACUCCAAAAGUCACGGAAAACCUCCCGCAAAACGUCUACACACCGCCCCAAAGCCCCAUGAGCGUUGCCAGCUCAUCCGGCGACUCCACCGAAUCGUCAGCAGCCGUUUGGCGUCCAUGGUGAACCACCAACUACAACCAUUCCAAAACGACUGGGAUACGUCGAUCAUACGGAUGGAAAUAAUGCAACGGACAACCUCCGAGCAACAUGCGAACGGGUUACGCGAUACGCGAACCGCUCCUCCCAACUCGCUCUCCUUCGCUUACGCGAACCAGAAUUUAACCACCGCUGUGAAAGCAGGGCUCGAGCUAAGAAUACGACGAGAGAACAAGAUUUUUUAACGAUAACGACAAAUCAAUGUCUUCCAAUAAUGUUUAUCGUAUCUUGAACGCAUUUGCGGUUCAACAAUUAUUUACUUUCAUAUACACUUUCAUUUACACACGAAAAAUAUAACGUUAUGACACACACACAUACACACACAUACACGCAUAAUGCGAUUAUUGAUAGAGUAUAUAAAGCAAAAACGUGUAGGUGAUCAAGCUUUAAUUGAUGUCUGUGAUAAGGGUUGUUUGUUUUGUACCUGAGAUUACUGUUUUCUCAUAAAGUAAUAAUAUUAUUAUUACAUCAUGAUAGGAUAUUUUCUUGUUAUGUUUAAGAUAUGACUUUUUUAUAAUCCCGUUACCAUUAUUGAAUUCAACGCACAAUGGGAACGGGCUAUCGCACGUUUUUAUCAUUGAAUAAAAAGCAAAUUGUUUCAAACAUAA